GCACUUGUCUUCAUCAUCGAAAUCAGCUGGCUUGUCGGCUCGCAUUCGUUCAUCGGAGCCGAUCUCCCCAUCCUUUGGCUGAUCGUCUACGGAAAUCGCAUAUGUGCUCAAGUCGUCCUUGAAGUAGGUGUCUUCACAUUUUGAGGGAUUUUAUUUUCUCACAUCGGAAUAUAUAUAGUACGUUGUACAUAAUUUACAAGUCCGUCUUGGUCUUGUAAACACAUCCUCGCCUCAGAAUGCGAGGAAACUGAACGCGGGAAAUAAUGGGCUGUGCGCCGAGUAUUCAUGUAUCACAGAGCGGCGUUGUAUACUGCAGAGACUCGGACGAAUCGAAUUCACCACGACCUUCGUCGUUUUCGCAUCAACAACAACACACACAUUUAAUUCGGAGUACGGACAUUACAGAGGCGGGACCGUCCAGCACAGCGGCGGGUCCAGCCAUACUCGGACGGAGAGACAGGCGGGGUACGAUAAGCAUUGAGGCGGAGACGCAGACAAGUCGGUCGACUGUUGAAAUGAGGGGUGCAUCAAAUGAACUUUUUUUUGGGCCGAUGAAAGUAUCACAGCCACCAGUCCAGAUUAUGUUGGUUUUUGGUAAAGAAGAUGCUCAGAGUGAUGGAUUCUGGUGGGCGGCUGAUAAAGGUGGUUACAAAUGUAACAUUGUAAGGAAUCCUACUGCUGCGUUGGAGUGUUUUUUAGAAAAACACCAUGAUGUUAUUAUAAUAGAUCGUAGACAUUCCAAAAACUUUGAUGCAGAUGCACUGUGCAGGUCAAUACGAGCCACGCGACCCAGUGAGCACACAGUUAUAGUAGGCGUUACAAAGAAAUGUGCAUCUGAAAAAGAAGAGCCUUCAAUUCUACCACUUUUGAAUGCUGGAUUUAACAAAAGAUAUGUUGAGAAUCCCAAUACAGGAGCUUGUCUCAAUGAAUUGAUACAGUUAGAGCAUGGCGAAGUGCGGUUACGACAUAAACUAUGGACUGCUAAUGCUGUAUUUGCUGCUUUAGACAGCGUGUCGGACAUUAUUGAAAUCACAAGUAAUGACCACGAGAUUCAGUACGUUAAUCCUGCAUAUGAGCGAUUGACGGGUUACACUACAGAUGAAAUAAUCGGUAAAAGGACUGACGGACUCACGAAAAGUGAUAAAAACAAACAAGAAAUUCUAGAUACAAUGUAUUCGCAAUUAAAAAAGGGAAAAAUGUGGGAAGGUACUUUUUAUACAAGACGGAAGAACGGUGACAGUCUAUUACAGAAUGUUCAUGUUACACCAGUUCUCGGUUAUGGAGGCAAAGUGCGUCAUCAUGUCUUCGUCAGAAAGGGUACAAAUUACACUUCUGACAGCAACCAGUUAGAGAAAUACAAGGAUGGGGCAGAGCUACCAAAUGAAACCAUAUAUGGAUUUGCACGGCGUGGUUCUGUUGAUAUACGUGGGUUGCGUAGAGGGUCUCUAGAUAUUCGUUCUCUGUCAAGCGAUCAGGGAGGGAUGCAUAGAAGACAGUCCAUGGCGCGUAUACACUCAAUGACCAUUGAAGCUCCUAUCACAAAAGUGAUAAAUAUAAUUAAUGCUGCACAGGAGAACAGUCCUAUCACUGUAGUACAGGCUCUAGAUAGGGUACUGGAGAUCUUGCGUACGUCAGAGCUCUAUUCUCCGCAGCUGAACUCACAACAAGUAAAAGAAGAGGAUCAGGUGACCAGUGAUUAUGUUGGUGGUCUCAUGUCGGAAGAGCUCGCGCUGAGUACGAGCUACAAUGUAAUGGGUGCCAUCGAAAAAGUUCUCAGGUUCAAUAUCACACUUUCAAAAGUUGCGCACCAUAACGUGCCAUCUACACCGCCCACCAAUCAGCAUCAAGUACCUCCACAUGUGGAAGCCAUUUUAGAGAGCGUUGCCAGCUGGGAUUUCAAUGUAAUAGAGUUGGAAAAAGCUACGUCCAAAAGGCCAUUAAUGUUUUUAGGAAUGGCCAUUUUCCGGAGGUUCAACGUACCAGAAUUUCUUGGAGUUUCAGAAAGUGUUAUUUUGAAUUGGUUACAAGUCAUUGAAGCCAAUUAUCAUAGUACGAAUCCCUACCAUAAUUCAUCACAUGCGGCCGAUGUCUUGCAUGCUACAGCAUUCUUUCUCGAAAGAGAACGACUCAAGGCUUGUUUGGAACCUGCAGAUGAAGUGGCUUCAUUAAUUGCUGCAGUAGUACAUGAUGUCGACCAUCCUGGCAGGACAAACUCAUUCCUGUGCAAUGCUUCAAGUGAAUUAGCUGUUCUUUACAAUGAUGUUGCUGUUCUAGAAAGCCAUCACGCUGCAUUGGCAUUCCAACUCACAACUAAAGAUGACAGAUGUAAUAUAUUCAAAGAAUUAGAAAGGGAUGAUUACCGACAAAUACGACAAACUGUAAUAGACAUGGUGCUGGCAACUGAAAUGGUGCGACAUUUUGAGCACCUAUCCAAAUUUGUAAAUAGCAUUAAAUUAGUGAUGAAAGAUGCAGAUGAUGGGUCCUCAAUGCAAAGCGGUAGAGGUACACCUGAUAGUUCGGCAUCUUCAGGAGCUCUGACAACACCAGAAAGUAGAACUCUUAUAAAGCGUAUGUUAAUUAAGUGUGCAGAUAUCUCUAACCCAGCAAGACCAUUGAAACUAUGUGUGGAGUGGGCUAACAGAAUAGCACAAGAGUACUGUAACCAGACAGAUGAUGAGAAGCAGCGGGGAUUACCGGUGGUGAUGCCAGUGUUUGACCGUAAUACGCUGAAUGUGUCAAAGUCACAAGUUUCAUUUAUCGAUUAUUUUGUUGUGGACAUGUUUGAUGCAUGGGAUUCUUUUGCAGACUGCUCAGUUGUGACCACUCAUCUGCAGAACAACUAUAAAUACUGGAAACAGGAGGAAGAAAAAGAAAAAGAGAAAGAUAAAAAAGAAAAACAAGGGAAAGAAAAGAAAUAAUAAAAAAAAAAUAAUCGUUCUUUUGGUGUUUUGUAAAUAAGGAUUUAGAAAUGUUUGUAAAGUUUUUGCAGUCCACCCUGUACAUACCUACCAAUUAAUGAUAUCAC